UCUUUCAUCUCUCCAAAACCAGAAAACAAAAAAAAGAAGCACCCCCAUCAAACCAUAAAUAAAUUUUGAAAACAAAAAAAAGGGUGAGAGUGAAAGAGAAAAUGGGUUCAAAUGCCUUCUUCUCUUCCAUUCUCUGUGUUUUCCUCCUAGCCACAUUGGCCUCCGCUUCCCCUUUUCUUUCUAAUGACAUAUUUGAGUCUGGGGCAUCCACGGGCCGUGCCCUCCUACAGGCUAAGAAAGCUUGUACAGUUGACUUUGAGCACCAGAACUACACAAUCCUCACAAGCCAAUGCAAGGGACCCCAAUACCCACCGAAACUUUGCUGUGAGGCAUUCAAGCAAUUUGCAUGCCCCUUUUCAGAGGAUAUCAAUGACUUGACAACUGAUUGUUCUGCAGUCAUGUUCAGUUAUAUAAACAUCUAUGGCAAAUAUCCACCUGGCUUGUUUGCUAAUGAGUGCAAAGAAGGGAAGGAUGGUCUUAAUUGCAGUACAGUAAAACCAGUCAAUAGCACUGAAUCUUCCAACAGUGUUCAUGUGGCUGCUCCUUACUCUGUGUUGCUAGUUUCCACAGUCCUGGGAUUAUUUUUCCAUUUGUUCUGAAGGCUCAAAUUGUGAAAGAAAAAACUCUUGUAUUAUUGAUUGAAUCAAUGUUCUAGAACAGUGUUGCCAAGCAUUUUGAGUUAGGAUAUCAUGAUACCUUUCAUGUGAUGCUGGAGUUUUUUAUUGUCUGAUUGAUAUUGCCCUGAAAAGUAUAUAUUAUUACUGUUUGAUA